AUGGAGGGGAAAACGGUUUCCUCUGAGUUGAAACUCAGUGAGUUAAGCAGACAAAACAUACGCCAAUCAAUCAAUCAACUCCAUGAUCGCGCUUCUUCAGUUCUGGUUCUCACUCUUCAAUGGAAAGAAAUCGAAGAUCAUUUCAAUUCUAUUCAACGCGGCAUUGAACAACGUGCUAUGGAGCUUAACUCAGUGCAAGAAUCAGCUGAACAAAGAUUAAAGGAAAUAAAAAGUAGAGAGGACGAGUUAGAGGUAGUUAAAGAAUCGGUGAGUUGGAGGAUCAGGGAGGCUGAGGAGAGGGAAAAAGAAUUCAAGUUUAUUCAAAAGAAAGAGAUUCAAGAUAGAAAAGUAGAGAUGGAAUGGAUUGAGAAAUCAAGAAAUCAGCUUGACGCCGAAUCGAGUGCAAUGGGUGCGGAUGUUAGCUUCCGUGUGACUAUGGACGGAGAGGCAUUGCAACUAUUAUUGAAUGAUUACUGUAAUGAUCGCGAUUCGAUUAGGCAAGAAUUGCUGAUUUCUUUGGGUUUCUCACCGAAUCCUGCAAAGCUUGUUUUGGAUGCAGUAAAAGGGUUUUAUCAGGGAGGAUUAGAGUUUGGUGAAGGAAUUGUUAGAAGCUCUUGCGUUUUCUUGUUAGAGAUAUUGUUGCAAAUAAGACCUGAAAUUUCGCCUGAGGUGAGAAAUGAAGCAAUGCAGCUUUCCUUGGAUUGGAUGAAGCAAAUGAGGAAAGAUUCAGAACAUUCUACAGAGGUUUUGGGGUGUUUGCUGCUUUUGGGUUCUUACAGAUUGGCUUCUGCUUUUGAUGCUGAUGAACUCUUUAGGUGUUUGAAGAUUGUUUCACAUCAUAGCCAGGCAUCCCAAUUAUUGCGUGCCCUGGGUUUGGUGGAUAAACUAUCUGGCUUUAUUCAAAAUCUAGUAAAACAGAACAAGCACAUUGAGGCCAUUCGAUUCAUCUACGACUUUCAGCUACUUAAUGAGUUCCCACUCGAACCUUUAUUGGAAGAUAAUAUAAGCAGUUGCAGGAACGCUAUUACUAACAACAAUGUAAUAGCUGAGUGGGAAUAAGCGCCCCGGGAGCAAAAGAUGAUCAAGAUUCCUUUGUUAGCUCAAUAAAUUUAAGAUUUAAAGUCUAGUUGUUGUUUGAUUUGGGUCUUAUUUCUUGCUUGUUAGAAUAAAUUUGUUAAUUGCUGUCUUA